UCGGGCAGCCGGACUCCACUCGCCCUAGGCAGCGGGGCGCAGGGGCCAGUGCGCGGCCAGGGGCGGCCGCUGCGCGCGCGCGUCUCCUCCAGCCCGAAGAACAAGCACAGCGCCCGCGCAGCUGCGCCGGCCGGGGCACAGCGCGCGCCCCGGGGUGCCACGCCGAGGGGAACCGGGCCGCUCAGCUUCUUCAUGAGAGACACCAUUAGGGAUCCCAGGCAUCUCAUCACAUACCCAUUAAGAGCUGCCUCCUGUUACCACUGAAGUCAGUUGAAAAUCUGCUACUGACUUCAAUAGUACGAGGAAUAAAGGUUUGGGCAAGUCAGAAAUCAUGGCUUCUGAUGCUAGUCAUAUGCUUGAAGCAGCCCUAGAGCAGAUGGAUGAUAUCAUUGCAGGUACUAAGGCAGCCACAGAGUAUGCAAAUGGUAUAUAUGACAUUGUGUCACCUGCUCCAUCAGUAUAUUUGGGCACAUUCCAAAUUUUGCAUCUGCUAGAAGACCUGAAGAUGGCACUAGAAAUGCUAGAGGAUCCUCAAGAGAGAGAAGCAUUACGGAAUCAGAUCCCCGGGGAUACAGCAAGAUGUAUACGGGAGUGGCUGGAGGAAAACCUGUCUCAGGUGAAUCAUCUUUCUUCUGCGAACAAUGAAACCUAUCAAGAACGACUGGCACGAUUAGAGGGUGAUAAAGAGUCCCUCGUCUUGCAGGUGAGUGUCCUCACGGAUCAGGUGGAGGCCCAAGGAGAGAAAAUCCGGGACCUAGAAGUCUGUCUUGAGGGGCAUCAGCUGAAACUUAAUGCUACUGAAGAAAUGCUUCAACAGGAGCUGCUAAGUCGAACGUCACUAGAGACUCAGAAACUAGAUCUAAUGGCAGAAGUUUCCGACCUGAAGAUUAAGUUGGUUGGCAUGGAAAAGGAACAGAGUGAAUAUGAAGAGAAGAAGAACAAAGCUGAGUCAGUAGUGAACCUGAUCAGUGAGCUACAGGAGCAGAUGUGUAGACUACAGCUGGAAAUUAAUAGUAAAAUCCAGGAAAGAAAGUCUCAAGAUAGGAAACCUGAACUGACAGCUAAUGGUCCUCAGGCCAGCACAAGAUCAGUGGUAGAGAGCCUCACCCAGAAGAAUUGCUCUCGGUGUGAUGGUUUGCUUCAGGAACUCAAACAUCUCAAAAUUAAAGUGGAAGAGCUGGAAAAUGAAAGAACCCAAUAUGAAUGGAAAUUAAAAGCAACCAAAGCUGAAAUAGCCCAGCUCCAGGAGCAGUUAGCUCUCAAAGAUGCAGAAAUUGAACGUUUACAGAGUCAGCUCUCCAGGACCUUGGUACAUAAUGAAAUUGCAGAAAGAGAGGAACUAUAUAGGAGAAGGCUAAAAGAAAAACAUCAAGAAGUUCAACGACUGAAGAUAGGAAUGGAAUCAUUGUUAGCUGCAAAUGAAGAAAAGGACCGUCGAAUAGAGGAGUUAACAGUGCUGCUAAGCCAGUACAGAAGGGUGAAGGAGAUAAUGUUAGCAGCUCAUGGCUCUUCAGAGAGAAUUCUGUCUGGUAGCAGUGAAGAGGAAUUUGAGGCAAGUUUGAAGAAGUGGAAUCUCAUGAAUAAGCCCCAAGCAGAAUUACUCAAACCCGAGGUACUUCCAGGAGAAUUGUCACCAAUUAUGGAGUCUUUACUGCCACAAAAAACUCUGGAAAUCAGUGGAAGCAGUCCAGUUCCUUCAAAUAACUUUAUUUCUCCACAUGAGGAAUCUUUGGAAACUAAAAGUAGGGUUCCACAGAAAAAAAUGUCAAGUAGUCUAGAGGACUUGCAGAGUGAAUCCCUGGAAAAGCAUGUAGACGGGAAACCAGUAGAACCUGUUGUAGAACAAGAGAAUAAACCAUAUGUGAAGAGUAACAAAUAUCAGACCUUGCCAGGGAAGCUUCUUCGACCCACACACAACGGAGAUCACGGAACAUACAAUACUCCCACUUCCCUAAAUGUAUUUGGAAUGAAUGACAAUGAGGACAACAGUGUACUGAGCCUGAAUCGCAUCAGGAGUAUUAGUGCACCAAUAUUAGGAGAGACCGAGAAUAUGGAUGGUACAAUAACUUCAGAUGAACUUUCACCCCUUUCUUCUGGAACAGAAUCGGGUCCACAGUCUCCAGAAAAUAAAAAGAGCCCAAAAGGCAUCAGGAAAAUCUGGGGAAAAAUAAGAAGAACUCAGUCAGGUAAUUUCCAUGCAGAUGAUCUAGGUUUAGCUGAAUUUCGAAGAGGUGGUCUCCGUGCAACAGCUGGACCUCGAUUAUCUAGAUCAAAGGAAACUAAGGGGCAGAAGAGUGACUACAAUGCCCCCUUUGCUCAGUGGAGCACUGAAAGAGUUUGUAACUGGCUUGAGGACUUUGGUCUUGGUCAGUACGUCAUUUUUGCACGGCAGUGGGUGACUUCUGGCCACACGUUAUUAACAGCAACACCUCAGGACAUGGAAAAGGAACUAGGAAUAAAACAUCCUCUGCACAGGAAGAAAUUAGUCUUGGCCGUUAAAUCAAUAAAUACAAAACAGGAUGAUAAGUCUGCACAACUAGAUCAUAUCUGGGUGACACGAUGGCUUGAUGAUAUUGGCUUACCUCAGUACAAAGAUCAGUUUCAUGAAUCCAGAGUUGAUGGGAGAAUGUUGCAGUACUUAACUGUGAAUGACCUUCUCUUUCUGAAAGUCACCAGCCAGCUGCAUCAUCUCAGUAUUAAAUGUGCCAUUCACGUGCUGCGUGUCAACCAAUUCAACCCCCAUUGUCUACGUAGGAGGCCAGUUGAUGAGAAUAAUAUUUCACCUUCUGAAGUAGUGCAGUGGUCCAAUCACAGAGUGAUGGAAUGGCUUAGAUCAGUAGAUCUGGCAGAAUAUGCACCAAACCUUCGAGGAAGUGGAGUUCAUGGUGGCCUCAUUAUUCUUGAACCUCGCUUUAAUGGUGACACACUGGCAAUGCUUCUUAACAUUCCACCUCAAAAGACCCUCCUGAGACGCCACCUGACCACUAACUUUAAUGUGUUAAUUGGGCCAGAAGCACAACAAGAAAAAAGAGAAAUAAUGGAAUCUACAGCUUACACACCUCUGACCACCACUGCUAAAGUUCGGCCAAAGAAACUUGGAUUUUCACAUUUUGGAAACCUACGAAAAAAGAAAUUUGAUGAAUCUACAGAUUACAUUUGUCCUAUGGACACAAGUCCAGGUGCAACUAAUGGUACUCAGAAGAGCUAUGGUGGAUACAAAGGACUUAAUCAACUCACUGAUAGGGAAUUGGACAAACUGGAUCAGGUGGGACAAAUAGAUUGAUGUCAUUCUCAUCUCUCAUCCUCUACAUGCAUUCCAAAGCUUGCCAAUAACCUUUUGUUACCAUAUAACAAAAUCUCUGCUACAUCAGCAUGAACUCAUUGAAAACGUACAUUUGGGCUGUGGACACUUUUAUACUGAGAAUGUCAGAUGAAUAAUAUUUUUAUCUUUGUAAGCGUAAACCCAUCCAUCUUCAAGCCCUUUUUCAGGUACAUCAAACCUUUACACUAUGAAAGUUAACAUAUUGGACUGUUAAAUUUGGGAUUAUAGUAGAAAAAUAUUUUUUGUACUUUUAAUUACAUAAUCCAUGAGUACUGCACAGAGAAAUUUUAUCUUUAUAAGUGGUUUGUAAUGUAAUAAAAUCUUAUUCAGAUCAAUUUGUACAGAGGUAUCAAUUUAUAUUUUAUUCUCAUAAAAGUACAACUGGAUUGUAUAUUUUAAGACGUUAACUGAAGAGUGCAUCGUUUGCACCACGUAAAUGUAUUACAUACUCUAUGAAAUAAUUAUGCUUAAGCAUAUAAACACAUGAACAUUAUCAAUUAGACAAUAAAAGAAUACUUUGAAUAAUUCCAUUGUUUUUACAUAUGUAGUGAUCACUUUCUCUCUGUAAUGGAAUUUAGUUUACACACACAAAAACAGGAGGUUUCCAUAAAAACCUCUAUCCAGCCUCCUUCCUGCCAAAGUCUGUAAAGUACUGCAAACCCUGAAAAAGGGAGCUGUUGGAGCUUGUGUGAGCUUCUGUAGUGUACAAGAGCCAGACAUGGGCAUAUCCUCUGCUGGUGUAAAUUAUCAUAGCUCCAGUGACUUCCGUAGAACUAUGACAAUUUACACUAGCUCAGACUGUUCCAGAGAGAAGCCAGAUUAAAUAAUUUUAAGUGAGAAACCAGAUAAGAGAAUGAUCACAAAAUUGAUGACAAUUCAUUUUUCAUUUGCAUGGUUUACUACACCUAACGCAUCAUUUGUGCUCAUCUGUAAAGUAACUCAUUACCUAACCACUGUCUUUUCUUGUGCAAGUUUGCACUGUGUUAUUUAGAGGACCCCGUUAACAAAAAUGUUUUAGCAUGUGUUUUAGCGAUAAAAGGGUGAUAUAUUUCAUAUAUAGUGGCUCCUGUGUUAGUGUUUACAAAGUAAAAUAGUAUUGUUAAUCUUAUUUAUGUUAAGGAAAUAAGAGAGGACCAAAUCCUAAUAGAGUUGAACGCUGUCAGUACCUGUAGUGAAUGUACUGUAGUUUGAUGCUUUGACAUGUUUACUGAAAGGAAGUGUCCAGUUACAAGGUAAAAGCAGCAUCUAAGUAGUGCAUAGUCUCCACUGAUUCUGCUCUGAACAGGGGUGACUUUCACCCACAGUAAAUUAGUGUCUAUAUCUGAUAAGAACCAAUUGAAAAAUUGAAAAUAAGUAACUCCAAUAUUUUGUAAGCAACUGCUGCCCCUGCUCCCGUAGAGUUCACUUUACUGAAGCAGUAUGGAUUUGAUUUAACGUUAAUAUUCCACCAUUCCUGACCCCAUUUUAAAUUACUAAAUAUAACUGUGCAACUGUUAUACAAAAUAUUUUGUAUAUUAAAAAAAUUGAUGACAUUCCAGCUGAAAAAAUGACCUGGAAGUGAACACAGUACAUUCACAUCUUUGUACAGUGAAAAAUUAAUACUCUUAAUGAACUACUACAGAACCCCCUUUACAUUUUAGGCCACCGGAUGUGCUGAAACAAAUUAUCUCUCUUUUUAAAAUCAGUAAGAGCAUGAAGAGUACUUGUAUUGCCUGUCUAGUAGGAAUGUAUCACAUGCGUUAUUGAAUGCAUCUUGAAUGCUUUUGACUUCUGAAAAAUAUUACUGUAACACACAGCACUAAAAUUCAUGAGAGCAAACUGAUAAAUUCUUAAAUUUGCUAGUGCGUGUAAUAUUUUUACUAAAGGAUUAAGGAAUGCCUUUUCUCAUCAGAAAUUGAUCUUCCUAUCAUAACCUCAUUUUCGCUGCAUUAUGCUGGCAUAUGAGUAUUUUUCCUCUUGUUUUCUGUGGUGUUAUGUACAAUAUGUAUAUUUAUUUCCAUAUAACUUUGAGAACGAAUUGUUAGCACAUUUCCAAGAUUAGUAAUUCAUUAUGUUGAGAUUUUGUUUUUCUCAAGACAGAAUCACCUCCAAAAGAUGCAUGCACUACAUACAUGCAUGCUCUGAAUAAAAUUGUAGUUGCUGUCUGA